AUGCUCCUGUGGCUGCUGUCCUCCGGGAUCGUUUUUUCCUACGGGCAGCCGUGGGUCUGCGCUGGCCUCGAUUACGAUUACACUCUGGCUGGGAGCGAAGAGGACCAAACCGAGACGAUAGAUUACAAGGACCCGUGCAAAGCCGCUGUAUUUUGGGGUGACAUUGCCUUAGAGGAUGAAGACUUAAACAUCUUCCAAAUAGACAGGACCAUUGACCUGACGCAGAACCCUUUUGGACAGUUGGCUCAUGCCGCAGGUGGACUUGGAGAUCAUGCGAUUUCGAAGAAACGAGGGGCUCUGUACCAGCUUAUAGACAGGAUAAGAAGAAUUGGCUCUGGCUUGGAACAAAACAGCACAGUGAAGGGAAAAGUGCCUCCCAAAUCCUCAGGGCCAAAUGAGAAGAACCGAGUGCCCAGAGCUGCCACCUCAAGAACUGAGAGAAUCUGGCCUGGAGGUGUGAUCCCGUACGUGAUAGGAGGCAACUUCACUGGCAGCCAGCGAGCCAUGUUCAAGCAGGCCAUGAGGCACUGGGAAAAGCACACGUGUGUGACUUUCAUUGAAAGGAAUGAUGAGGAGAGCUACAUUGUUUUCACCUAUAGGCCUUGUGGGUGCUGUUCCUAUGUGGGUCGACGAGGGAAUGGACCUCAGGCAAUCUCCAUUGGCAAGAACUGUGAUAAAUUUGGAAUUGUUGUUCAUGAACUGGGUCACGUGAUAGGCUUCUGGCAUGAGCACACACGGCCGGAUCGAGAUAACCAUGUGACCAUCAUAAGAGAAAACAUCCAGCCAGGUCAGGAGUACAACUUCCUCAAGAUGGAGCCCGGGGAAGUGAACUCGCUUGGAGAGGAGUACGACUUUGACAGCAUCAUGCACUACGCCAGGAACACCUUCUCAAGGGGGAUGUUUCUGGACACCAUUCUCCCCUCCCGUGAUGAUAACGGCAUACGUCCGGCCAUCGGUCAACGCACACGUUUAAGCAAAGGAGAUAUUGCACAGGCAAGAAAGCUGUAUCGAUGUCCAGCAUGUGGUGAAACCCUUCAAGAAUCCAGCGGCAACCUGUCCUCCCCAGGGUUCCCCAACGGCUACCCUUCCUACACACACUGCGUCUGGAGAGUGUCGGUGACCCCGGGGGAAAAGAUUGUUUUAAAUUUCACCACGAUGGACCUGUAUAAGAGUAGCUUGUGCUGGUACGACUACAUCGAAGUGAGAGACGGGUACUGGAGAAAGUCACCCCUACUUGGUAGAUUUUGUGGGGACAAAGUGCCCGAAGUUCUGGCCUCUACGGACAGCAGGAUGUGGAUCGAGUUUCGUAGCAGCAGCAACUGGGUAGGGAAAGGCUUUGCGGCUGUGUACGAAGCCGUCUGUGGAGGUGAGAUACGUAAAAAUGAAGGCCAGAUCCAGUCUCCGAAUUACCCCGAUGACUACAGACCCAUGAAGGAGUGCGUGUGGAGAAUCUCCGUGUCUGAGGGCUACCACGUGGGCCUGACCUUUCAGGCCUUUGAGAUUGAAAGACAUGACAACUGUGCCUAUGACUACCUGGAAGUUCGAGAUGGAUCCAGUGAAAACAGCCCUUUGAUAGGGCGUUUCUGUGGUUAUGAUAAACCUGAUGACAUAAGAUCUACCUCCAACACUUUGUGGAUGAAGUUUGUUUCGGAUGGAACGGUGAACAAGGCAGGCUUUGCUGCCAACUUCUUUAAAGAGGAAGAUGAGUGUGCCAAAGCUGACCAAGGAGGCUGCGAGCAGCGAUGUCUCAACACCCUGGGCAGCUACCAAUGUGCGUGUGACCCUGGCUACGAGCUCGGGCCAGACAGGAGGAGUUGCGAAGCUGCUUGUGGUGGCCUUCUCACCAAGCUUAAUGGCACCAUCACCACUCCAGGAUGGCCCAAAGAGUACCCUCCUAAUAAAAACUGUGUGUGGCAAGUGGUCGCGCCAACCCAGUACAGGAUAUCUAUGAAGUUUGAGUUUUUUGAAUUGGAAGGCAACGAAGUUUGCAAAUACGAUUAUGUGGAGAUCUGGAGCGGGCUCUCCUCCGAGGCGAAGUUGCAUGGUAAAUUCUGUGGUGCCGAGGUGCCAGAAGCGAUCACGUCCCAGUUCAACAACAUGAGAAUUGAAUUCAAAUCUGAUAACACUGUGUCCAAGAAGGGAUUCAAAGCACAUUUCUUCUCAGACAAGGACGAAUGCUCUAAGGAUAAUGGUGGCUGUCAGCAUGAGUGCGUCAACACGAUGGGAAGCUACGUGUGCCAAUGCCGCAACGGAUUUGUGCUGCAUGAAAAUAAACAUGACUGCAAGGAAGCCGAGUGCGAACAGAAGAUACACAGUCCACACGGCCUCAUCACCAGUCCCAACUGGCCAGACAAGUACCCGAGCAGGAAGGAAUGCACGUGGGAGAUCAACGCCACUCCAGGUCACCGCAUCAAAUUAGCUUUUAGUGACUUUGAAAUUGAGCAGCAUCAAGAGUGUGCUUAUGAUCACUUAGAAGUAUUUGAUGGAGAAACAGAAAAAUCACCAAUUAUGGGACGGCUGUGUGGCAACAAGAUACCCGAUCCCCUUGUGGCUACUGGAAAUAAAAUGUUUGUCCGGUUUAUUUCGGAUGCAUCUGUUCAGAGAAAAGGCUUUCAAGCCACACAUUCGACAGAGUGUGGUGGCCGGUUGAAAGCUGAGUUCAAGCCCAGGGAUCUAUACUCGCAUGCUCAGUUCGGUGACAAUAACUACCCCGGGCAGGUGGGCUGUGAAUGGCUGUUGGUGGCAGAACGGGGCUCUCGGCUGGAACUGUCCUUCCAGACUUUUGAACUGGAGGAGGAAGCCGACUGUGGUUAUGACUAUGUGGAAGUCUUUGAUGGCCUCGACUCAACAGCGGUGGGACUAGGUCGGUUCUGUGGAUCUGGGCCACCAGAAGAAAUCUACUCAAUUGGGGACACAGUUUUAAUUCGUUUUCACACCGAUGACACUAUCAACAAGAAAGGAUUUCACAUAAGAUACAAAAGCAUAAGAUAUCCAGAAACCUCUCAUACCAAAAAUUAACACCCCUAAAAACCUCUGUCAGAACUGAAAGGAAUGUACAUAAUGGAGAGAAGACAUAUUUUUUU